GCCAGCGGCACUCUCUGAUUUGCACCUCCGGACUUGGGUUCACAACCAUCUAAAGCAAGAUGUCUGAUGAUGAGAAAAAAAGGAGGGCAGCCACUGCCCGUCGGCAGCACCUGAAGAGUGCCAUGCUCCAGCUCGCUGCCACUGAAAUAGAAAGAGAAGCAGCUGCUAAAGAAGUUGAAAAGCAAAACUACCUGUCAGAGCAUUGUCCUCCUCUGUCACUCCCAGGAUCUAUGCAGGAACUUCAGGAACUGUGCAAAAAGCUUCACGCCAAGAUAGAGUCAGUGGAUGAGGAGAGGUAUGACACAGAGGUGAAGCUACAGAAGACUAACAAGGAGCUGGAAGACUUGAGCCAGAAGCUCUUUGACCUACGGGGCAAGUUCAAGAGGCCCCCCCUGCGCAGGGUGCGCAUGUCCGCCGAUGCGAUGCUGCGGGCCCUGCUGGGCUCCAAGCACAAGGUCUGCAUGGACCUCCGAGCCAACCUGAAGCAAGUCAAGAAGGAGGACACCGAGAAGGAGAAGGACCUCCGCGAUGUCGGUGACUGGAGGAAGAACAUCGAGGAGAAGUCUGGCAUGGAGGGCAGAAAGAAGAUGUUUGAGGCUGGCGAGUCCUAAAUGCCAGUUUCUUCAUGCCCAUCCUCCCCCCCCUCCUG